CAGGCCCCAAAACCUAGAACCUAAACAAUCUUCGUAUCUCAAUCUCAAAAUCGAGGUUAGUAUCUUUACAAUUGAAACCCAUGAAACCUUUCAGUUUCGAUCUCGAUUACUCUCUCACCCUCACCCUCUCAAUUUCGCCUCCCUCACUCUUCUUCUCGUCACCGAUGAGAAUCUCGGCUACUAUCUCGAUCUCUAACCUGAAAUUACGGACCGAGCACCAUGAGCUCGUUGCUUAUAUUCUUUCCAAGGUGUCAAAACCCCAAAUUCAAGUAAAUAACCAAUUCAUGAACAACUCUGAUUGAAGCAAAGGCAAUUGGUAUUUGGUGAAGCCGAGCCAGAGAGACACUUUUAUUUGUGGAUAAUAAUGUCACGAAGAAGGGGGUUGAGGAGAUAAUGCUCAUUUGAACUAUGAACUUGCAACUAAAGUUCAGGUGACAUUUUUGUUUUCUGAAUGCAAGUUUCCCACUUUAUCUUAUUGUUCUUGCUUUGCUUUAACACUAUGAAGUUUGCUACUAGAUGACAUGUUAUUCAGCAUUAUCCACUACAAGGAAUGUAAGUUAAUGGUAUACUAUACUUUUGUUGGAUUCUGUUCUAUAUACUUAGCUCGUUAGCGAUGAUACUGGGUUUUCACAAGUUUGCUAACUUAGGUUUGGAAUUCAUAUUGCAAAGGUAGAGAUUGGAGUAAAUGCUGACUUGUCUUGAAUGUUUACAGGCUCUAUUUUCCAACUAUUAUAGUUGGUCAGUGGCAGGCCACAGAACACAGGAAAUGUAAUGAAAGAGUAUGGUUUUCGAUAUGGAAUCAAAGACAUUGCUGCAUAUAGAGAUGGCAAAGAAGAAUCUUUUUCUAAAAAGAGUCCAGGUAGAUAUAUAGUUCCAAAGAUGAAAAUGUUGGCUCACUAUGCAAAGGAGGAAGAUGAUGUAGAAGUCCAUUCUGCUGCUUUGGCUUUGCAUCAACUUCUUAUAACAGUUGACAAACUCUUUGGGCUACAAUGUAUUGCUGCAAGGUAUAGUCGAGACCCAAAGACACCAUCCUAGCUCGCCGUGAUGAGGAUGGUAAUAUUGAUGAAAAUGAGCAAGGGAAGGAUAGAAAUGAUUAGAAUGUGUAUUAGGAGUUUCACAUUUCACAUUUUGGAUGUAAAUUAAUGUCCAAUACUUGAACAUAUUCUUGUUUAUCUAUGAAUAUUCUCAGUUUGUACUUUGAAAUGCAAUAUAUGAUAGUUUAAUUGAAAUA